AAUUCAUAAUUUGGAAUAUCAUCAAACCCUAACCUGAAGUUCUAGCAGCAGUUGGGAUACGCUAAUCAGACAAAGACAAUGGCGAGGAAGCGAAAACAGCCACCUCGUCCCGCCAAAUCGGCAGAGCGCGCUUUCAAACAGCAACAACAAGAACAGCCACAGUUGAAUCUAGAAUCAGAGUAUAAAGAAGAGGAACAAUACGAAGAAGAAGAAGAAAGCCAAGAAAUUGAAGAAGAAUUAGCACCAAUCAAUGAAACCUCGAAGCCCCCCUCCACUUCUUCCUCCUCUCCAAGCGACGACGAGGAGCCAAUCCAGAACCUUCUAGAAUCCCUCGGCAAGAAUGAGAUCGCCAAAUUUCUCAUCGAGGCCGCCUCCAAGCACCGCGACGUGGCGGACCGGAUACGCCGCACCGCCGACGCCGACCCCGCGCACCGGAAGAUCUUCGUGCACGGCCUCGGCUGGGACACCACCGCCGACACCCUCACUACCGCGUUCUCCCCCUACGGCGACAUCGAGGACUGCAAGGCCGUCGUGGACAAGGCCACUGGCAAGUCCAAGGGCUACGGCUUCGUCCUCUUCAAGACCCGUCGCGCUGCGCGCAAUGCCCUCCGCGAGCCGCAGAAAAGGAUCGGCAACCGCAUUGCCGCAUGCCAGCUGGCGUCCGUGGGCCCAGUCCAGUCGUCGCCGGCGACGAUUUCGACGGCGCCGGGGGCUUCGGAUUUCUUGCAGAGGAAGAUCUACGUGAGCAAUGUGAGUGGGGAAUUGGACCCGCAGAGGCUUCUGUCGUUUUUUGCGCAGUUUGGGGAGAUUGAGGAAGGACCUUUAGGACUUGAUAAGGUAACUGGGAAACCGAAAGGGUUCUGUUUAUUUGUUUAUAAGGGUGUGGAGGGUGCAAAGCGGGCGUUGGAGGUGCCGCACAAGAAGUUUGAGGGGCAUAUUUUGCACUGCCAGAAGGCAAUUGAUGGUCAGAAGCAACAGCGAGUGGGGGUGGUUCCGGGUAGUUCUCAGAAUGGCGGGUAUGUUGGUAUGGGGGCAGUGCCGGGACACUUGAUGGCUCCGGCGGGGCCAGCGGUAGGAGGAGGCGUUGCAGGGACGGCGGUGCAACCAGUUAAUCCGGCAGUUGGGCAGGCACUAACGGCAUUGCUGGCAUCUCGGAGUGCCGGGUUGCAAUUGAGUGGGUUCUUGGGUAUUGGGUCACCGGGGACGAACACUGGCGGUUAUGUUGGACAAGGGAGUGUGAAUCCCGGGGCUGUUGCUGUUGGUGGGUAUGGGGGGAAUCAAGUAGCGUUGCCAGGUUCAUAUGCAAGCCAGCAGCAGGUGGGGAUAGGUGGAUCUGGAAGGGUGCAGCAGCCUCAUGGUGUGGGACAGUAUGGUGGCGUUGUGCCUUACAUGGGUCACUAGGUGUGCUUUCAGAUUCUACUUAAGCAUCAAUCUUUUAUUACUCGCCUGGUGAUUCUUCUGAAGUUUAGGGAGCUGAUGCAAAUGCAAUUGGCGUCCUUAUAAUGAAAUAUUACUUCAAAGAUCAGAAUAUUUUAAUUACCAAAUGAAGUUCUGUUUUCACCGCGUACUUAUUUUUAUAUUUACUUCCAUUAUAAAAUAUUGUAGUAUUUCACUUUUAGUUCAAAAUUUCCUUGAAGAACUGUUUUAGUACAAUGAGUUUUACUUUAUAUCUGUAUUAUGAGAAAUCCAUGUUAAAGCCAAGUAUGUUUUUGAAA